AUGAAAUUCUACAUCACCGAUGACCCAAUCGAGGGCGCUAAUUUGCCCGAUAGUGGAGACGCUCCUCCUUUGCCCCCGCGGUCAUCCUUCGGCCACCAAACCUCCUAUUUAGCCGGCUCCUCAUCCACCGGCCAGGCUCGAAACACAAUUGGCCCUACAGGUCUCUCCACUCAGAUCUCAAUUUUCUCGGCCACUUCUUCUCCCUCCUACUCCCAGUCGGCAGCCACUUUUCACCUUAACUCUGGAGUCUCACUUUUUCCCCAGGCCUCUACCAUCUCCUCUUCAGGCACCGCAAAGCCAACUGGCGCCAGCUUUGACCCGGUCGGCCAGUCACAGAUCCGCGGUAUCAUCGGGGGCCCGGGAGCCUUUCACCGUGGUAGCUCCGUAACUGCCAGUCUGCCCGUCGGAUCAGCAACUAGUGGCCAUGGCUUCUCUGCGGCAGGCAGGAAUCGUCUCGGGGUCGGAUUUGCCGGCAGUUCUGGCAAAGAGCGCGAACACAACGGGGAGAGAGACCGGAGCCGCGAACGAGAGUCGAGCAGUGUAAAUGUCACCGGUUCAGCUACUAGCACUGGUAGAAACUGGUCAGGAGAAUGCCCACUGGCCAUUGACUCGGGAGUGUCAGGAAAGCGAGCCAAGUGGGCUACCAACGGACCCCGACAGAAAUCAGUCAAAAUCCCUCUAUUGCUGCUUCAGUCGAUGCAAGAGCUCGAAGCCAGUCUGCAGGAUGGGUCAGCUCUGAUGGAUUUCGAGGUGACCCAUUACCGCACCAUUUCUAAUUCUCACAGUGUAUGGUCUGCAUACGAGACCUUAAAGCUUGUCAAAGUCAGAUAA